ACCGCUGCGAAUGCAAUCAACGAGAAACUAGCGAAUUGCAACGAGCAGGCGAAAAAUCACAAAAAGCGGAAAAUCACAACAAUCGUGGGUGCAAACGAAACGGAAACUGCGAGGCAACGGAAAGUCGGGUCCCGGAAGAACCAAACGGAUGGCCCUUUGGUGAAACGCUGAUGAAAGCAGAGGCGCACUUGGCGCGAUUCGAGGGGAAAAGCGCUUUGCGCUGCUCUGCGUUCUUUUCCAAAACCGAUUUCGAUUCCAAAAACCAAACCAAUCCAAUACCCACACUCACACACCGACACACAAGCGCGCACACACACACACACAGACACGCGCGCGCAUACAGUGAGCGAGUGAAAGUGCAUCUACAUCUGUGAUUUCGUAUAUAAUAAUGCGUCGCGCAUACGCGGAUUUGGCCAGCAGUAGCACCAAAGACUAACAAGUGAUCCGGAGCCGGGGACUGAGUUGGUUGGGCUCAUCGACCCACCCACCGCGUGAAAGCCCCCGCCAGAAAUGGCCGAUCAGGUGGCGCACACCAAAGAAACGGAUGCGGAUGAGCCGCUGGUCAACGGCGAACUGCCAAUGGAGGAGGCGCCGCCUUCCUGCUGCCAUGUGAUGUCCCUGUCCUCCAUGGAUGUAGAUGCUGAUGUGGAUGCGGAUGCGGAGGGCGAUGUGGAUGCCGCAACGUCCUCCUCCUGCGUCGCCACCGCUUCCCAGCUGAAUCCGUCGCCACCGCCUGCUGGUGUCCAACAGGCGAAGCCGGCGCGGAGCAGCUCACCGCCAUGCCAUCUCCUGGAGCGGCUCAACUUUCCCGAGGGCAAUAUCAUUAACACGCUGCACACGAUCCUCGCCCUGCCUCCUUUCGAUCCCUAUGCGCCCGCCCCCAAGGCGGAGACGGUCUACAAGGAGGUCGUGUCGCUGAUGCAGUGGAGUCAGCGGGAAGACAACGCCAUCGAACUGGAGCUGAGUGACAAGCUGCUCCACGAGUGCGAGCACAAGGGCGGCGAUCCCAACGAUGAGACGCGGUCAUAUUUGAUGGCCAUUGAGAACAUGCGCCUGUUCUCUGAGGAUCCAAAGAAUCCGCUGCGCGACGCCGACGGACAGCUGCGUGCAAUUACGCUAUAUUUCCAGAAUCUUGCCUUCAUAUUUGUGAAACACCGGAAGGAGGAGUUCUUCACAUUUUGUUCCUGCAAGGAAUGUCUCGAAUACCGCGAAACCAUCAUGGCCAUCAUGAUGGAUCAAUUUAAGGCUGCGCACAUGGUGGUCAUGUUGCUAGACGUACUGAUCAAGGCCUACAGCCCCAUGCUGAAAAACGAUGCUGCCUACAAUAAGUUUGAAAAGCUGCUUGAGUGCAACAAGGAGAUUUAUUGGAUUACGAGCGGCUACCUCUACGAUAAAAAUGCCGAAUAUCUUGAUUUUAUUGAUGACACAGCGAUCUCCGAUAAUAUGAUAUUAGUGCUAUUCAGCGCCAUCUUAAUGGCCAACAAUCCGAUGCUGCUGCUACAAAUACUCGCCUAUAAUGUCGAAUGCAUUGUGAAGGCAUUUUCCGAGGGCAUGAUCGAAAUUGCCCAGAAUAUUCAGGAGAACGAGAAAAUUUCGGCAGAAAGGAUGCUGACAUACAUUCUGGACGGCUACUCAGAUCUAAAUUGCAUCUCGCAGAAGAUCUCGCUCAGCCUGUUUGCGUUUGAGAACGAUUUCCUACGAAAGUUCAAGCUGUCGUGGGUUCUCCUAUGUCAGCGCCUUUUUCAGCAACAUGUAUUCACUCCCCUGGGGGAUACCAUGCUGGCCUGCAUCCUGUCGUUGAAGGAGGUGGCUCCAUCGGCCCAGACGACGGCACUGAUCAAGCGGUACAUGCUGUUCGACGAGCACAUGCACUCCAUUGAGCGGCGCUGGACGGACAUCUGGAUCGAGCUAAAUAAGUUUAACUUGUCGCCCACGGAGCAUGAGCGCCGGAUGGGCCUGCUCGAUGUGUACAACAUAUUCGACAAGGUCGUCCUGGACGCCACCUCGUUCUCGCUGCCGGAUAUCAGCGACGAUGAGUUUAUAGACUUCCAGCGCAUCGUGGAUCGCCAGCUGGCCUGGAAGAAUAUCAUGGCCUUCACGAAGCUGAAAUGGCCCGAUGGGUUCUACGAUCCGCCCAAUAAGCUUGUGCACGAGGAUCUCUGCAAGAAGUGCAAUUCUCUUCUCGAGCACCAUAACGAGAACUGCAAAUGCAUCACUUGCUCCAUCGCCGGCACUCCUUUGCGACCGCGACAAGCGGGCCAUUGCGCCAAGUGCACAACGCUCGGCAUUGUCGAGAAGGAUCCGAAGCUGAUGAAGUCCAAGAUCCUCAGCACCUGCACCAGUGAUGAGGCCAAGCACAAUGCGGCUAUAGCGGCUGCCACGAGCUCCACCACCGUCCAACAGCAGCGACGCACGAGCGAUCUGACGGAGGACGAGUCACCAACCAGCAGCAACAGCAGCGGAACGGUGUUUCGUCGACAAGCAGAGUCGUCCGAUACGCUGCGCACCACAUAUCACAUCGCAUGGGCGGUAUUUCAGCACCUGGCCACCAGAAAGCGCUAUCGCCACGAAACGAUCGAGCCGCAGUUCAUCUGCGGUGAGAACUGCCGAGUCUCCGCUUGCCAGUUGGCCAGAAAGAUUCUCUCUAACCAGCUGUCGCCGCUGCUGACCAAAUAUCUGCUGCGCUGCUUCCAGCCCCUGUCGUUCACGCGGGAGGAGCUGCGCUCCACGAUUCCCUCCCUGAUGUUCUUCAAUCGAAAACUGGCGCCCAGCCCCGCUGAGCUGCUGGAGCUUCGAAACCAGCACUAUGUGUACAAAACAUACUGGACCUUCGUUCUCUCCAUCUACGCCAACUUCUUUGUGAAAUUCAACUCGAGCUGCACGGAUUUCGGUCACCUGGAGCUGCUCAAGGGCGAUCUGCGACUGCGGCUGAACAGUGUGGUUGGUGAUAAGGAAGACAAUCGGUUUGAGCAGUUUCUGGCCCAAGUUAUUGGAUACUCACCCUUCAAAAUCACUGAUGAUUUUACUUUGGGUGAUGCCAACAUCGAGAAGAUGCAAUUUGGAGUGGAUCAGCUAAUGACGUUGCACGACUCUCAGAUAAUAAAACGCACUAAACCAGAUAGUACUACUGGCUUAUCGGGUGCCAAAUCCAAGUCGGGAGAAUCGAACUUGUCUCAGUCUGGAGGCAGAAAUGGCGACGCCGGAGGCAACAAGAAGAGCAAGGAGAAGAUGCGGAAAUGCUGUGCUGACUACGCGGACAUUGGGGAGCCCUGCAAGGAGAAUCAUUCGAAGAAACGUGUCAAAAAGGAGUGCAACCAUGCACGCUUCAACGAGACGAGAGAUCGGCUGCGUAAGAAGCUCUCACAGAUUGUCAACGACCGGAAGACCAAGUCCACGGAAGAGGCCACGCCAUCGAAGACCAAAUGCAGCAUGCCGGAGCCAGCUGCUGUGCCCGCAGCGGCAGCCAUCCCACCGAAGCGGCCGCCAAAGGCCGAAUCCCUUUCGCCAAACCAACCACCUAGCCUGAAAGUGUUCGCCACGGCGCAGCUGCAAUCCCCCGGCAAUCCGCGAAAGAUACCAGCCGCAGCGGCGGUUGCAGCGGCAGCUCUUAAUGAAAUUGGCGACAAAGAGGAGCAGGAGGGCGACAACAGUCUAUUGCGUCUGGACAGCCUCUGCAAGAGGCUGCAGAUGCACACCGAUGCCACGGACGCCUCGACUGCGGCAACGGCGGCCGAAGCGGCAGCUGCUGUGGCCGCCUUUAAGCGCGGUGGCGGCUUUCCAGCGGAUUACAGCAAAGAGGACAUGAUGCAGGACUUUGCCGAGUUCCUGGGUACCUAUACCUAUACUCGUGAACAGGACCAACAGCGCUGGAUAAAUGAGACGCUGAACUUUAUCGAGGGCAAGUCCCAGCAGCCGCAGACCGCGAAUCCCAAGAAAGCGGCCAAGAAGGCCAAGCAGAAGAUGCGAAAGGAGGAGGAGAAACGUAUCAAGGAGCUGGAAGACCUGCGCGGCCAGUUUUUGGACAUCUAUUUCAAGGAGUUCAUCGACAAGUACGAGAUGAAGGCCUUGACGGCUGCAGGCGGCCGGAAAAAGGAGAAGAAGCGCAUUGGUGAGCUGGAGACGAACAUUAAAAACCUCCAGCGGGCAAAGGCUAAAGUGGAGACGGUGAUCCUCGAACUUAUUGCCACCGUCAAGCAGACGAACAACGAGUUCAAGUUCUCCUACUUGCCUACCAAGCAACAGCAGCUGGCCAAGAUGGCCCAGCUGGAAGAGAUCCUGAACGGGGGCUCGGCCUCGACGACUGCCACUGCCGAACCUGUUAGACAGGCGCCCCCACAGCAGUCUGCGCCGCAGUAUCCCGAGUUCAGUAGCAGCGCCUCCUUCUACUCUCCGCCGGGACUCGGGCAGCAGAACACGCCCGUGUGUUUUGCUCCUCCUCAGCAGUCCCAACAUCCGCCUCAACUGUCUCGGGAUGUGAUUGCCGCCAUGGCGGCCAACUCCAUCACUGCCGAUCCCUCCAAGCGCAUUGUGACAAUACGCCGGGUGCAGCUGCCACAUCCGGGUGCCGAGCAGCAGGUGACUGUAGUGGCCAAAGGCAGUGCUCCGCACGAGGACAAACUGCUAUACACCUUUGUCAACGGGCACAUGGUGGCUUCGGGUCCGAUUCAGCCGGAGGAAAUUGCUCCUCCACAAGUCAUCGUUCCGGCUCCAGCGCCCAGUGUUCCUGAAAAGAGUGCCAAGGCGAAGAAGAAAGAGGCUAAGCGAGCUGCCGCGGCGGCAGCAGCAGCUGCGGCGGAGGCAGCAGCGGCUGCAGCAGAAGCUGCGGCGGAGCAAGAAGCCAAGCUCAAGAGCAAGAAGCAGGCAAAGAAAACAGCCGUUGCUGUGGCCGCCGCCUCUAGUUCCGCAGCGAGCAGCAACUCCUCAAAGUCGCAGACGCCGCAGAGUACGCGCGAAAGCUCGGUGUGCAGUGUUAAGCCGAAGACUGCACCCAAGAAGCCGACUUCAAAGCCGCCCAAGGUUGUAGAAGUGACACCACCGCCGGUUCCCGAGCCGGAACCGGAGCCACCCAAGAGGCAGAAACGGCUGAAGUCGAGACUGGAUCCUGGCCAGUUGGACAACAAUCCCUUUAAGUCGCUACACAUGCAAGAUUCUUCAGAGGGAGAGUGGGAAACUGGCAGUGAAUCAGAGGAGGAAGUUCCAGCACCAGCACCAGCGCCGCCGCCAAUAAGGCAGCAGCCCAAACUGCCAGCUGCUCCGGCGCCCAAGCCCGUUGCACCUUCAGUGGUCACAAAGGCGAAGCCGACUCCAGCCCCAGUGGCAGCACCUGCCAAAAAGGUGAAGCAGCAGGAAGCGCCUCAAAAGCAACCAGCGUCGCAGCCCGCCAAGGCCCAGGCACAGCCUAAAAGCAAAGCGACGUCUGCUUCCGGGGGCAAGUCCAAUCCGCCACAGCAGCAUCAACAGUAUCAGCAGGAAAAGGUUCCGCCGACCAAGACCCAGCCGCAGCGUCCAGCGGAAUCAUCGAGGAAGCAGAAGCAGGCUCCUGGAAAUCUCGAAUCCAAUCGCAGCGCUCAGAACCAGCGCAGUGAGCACUCGCAGACGCAACAGCCGUCUCGAGGUGGACGGGGCAAUGGUCGAACAAAGUCGUCGGCUGGGGGCCAACAGCAGCCCGCUCAGCAGCACUCCAACCCUCAUGCGGCGGAGUCCAGUGCUCCUCCAAAGAGAUCGCAGCGCGGAAAGCGCGGACAUCGCCAGAAGCAGGAGGAUCUCUCCGGCAUUCCACACAACAUGGGCUAUUUCAAUCCCAACGAAGUUGCCAUACCCCCGCCGCAGACUGGAAGCUAUGCCAGCACCCUCGCCCAGCAGAUGCAGCAUUUACGCAUCAGCCAGGCAGGAGGUAGUUCCAGUUCGAAACAGGCAUCGCAGUCCCCCAACUGCAGCAUUAUGGAUCAGCUGAACCGCGGUGUACAGGUGGAACACCUUUCUCUACCGCCUGGUAUCACCCUUACCAAGGUGGAUCCGGCUAAAAGCGAGCAGUUGCGCCAGAAGAGUGAGUCCAUCCGGUUGCUGUCCAAGCCUCUGGCCGAGCAGCAGCAGCAACAGCAGCAGCAUCACUUCCAGCAGCCGUCUCACCUCCUGGCGGGAUACUAUGGAGCAGCCGGUGCCGCUGGCAUGGAUCCCAACGGUGUUAUAAUGGUGGAGGCCAACCCACGACCCAAUCGCAGCCAAGCUCCAGCUCCACCACCAAAUGUGGCUGCAGCGGCAUCUGCAGCGAGCGCCAACGGGAAGUCCUCCAGGCGACGCCGUCGCAAUCGCGGAAAGUCUGGUGGUGGUGGGAGCGGCGGAAACCCGGGCAGUUCUGGGCCGGCCAACAAGCAGCGAACGGGAGGAGGCGGCGGAUCAGGAGCAGGAGCGGGCGAUGGCCAGAUAUUGGGUCCCUCGCCAGCCACUGCGGCCACCAUUGAAGCCAACGCCAGUGGUAAUAUCAUCACGCUGCGCAAUCCCAUGUUCCAUCAGGGCAAUGGACCAGCGGGCGGCGGAGGUAUGAUGCCGCCCAAUCCCAACCCAAUGCCGCCAGUGCGAAACUUUGCCGCCGGACUUCCGGCAGCUCCAGCCAUGGCCAUGGAUCAACCUGCCGCAAUCAUCAAGAACGAGAACGGCAUGUUUACCAUACGGAAUCCAGCGCUUCACCAGGCGGUGACCAAUGGCCUGGCCAUGGGAGGCUAUCGCCAGUUCGGCAGCAACGUCAACUACUACACGCCCCAAGAGGCUGUGGCGGAGGCGGCACGUGCCACACAGCAAAAGCAGCAGCAACAGCAGGCUAGUGCGGCCACAGUUGGCCACGGCGGCAGCAGCACCUCGAAUUUCUCCUACUUCUCCAGUGGAUCGGCCAGUGGCAACAGCAGCGGAAGCAGCAAUGGCGGCAACGGGACGCACAACAAUAUCAGUAUUAGCUGUACCAACGUUCCCCCAAGCAGCGCCGAAAGCGGGGCCAACAGCCCUGGCAGAUUAGUCGGCGAAGCGGCUGUGAUUGCCCGUCCCAAGCAGUCACAGAAAUGUCUAUCGGCCAUUGGCAGCGAGCUGAAGCAAAAAGCCAAGGACAGCAAGUGGCCGGGCUUUGGCCAGCAGCAGGAUUACAGUGGUACUGGCGGAUCUGGAGGAGGAGUUCCACUGCAGGAGAAGUACCAGCAGUCGAGCUACUACAACGGCUUCGAGGUCUUCUCAGCUGCAGCGGCCGCAGCUUCACAGGGUUCUGGAAGCGGCGGUGGAUCGAGCGAUUGCCACAUGCAUCACAGCUGUGGCGACGACUCUCCGCCGCCCACCAUCACCGGUUUCAAUUCCUACCUGGAGGGCAUUCCGAACACCGGAGUGAUUCGCUACGACGACGCCGCCUUCCUCAAGAACUUGAUACCGGGCCAGCAUCUCAACAACGAGGUCUCCAUACACAAUAUUUCGGAGUCCAACUUCACGCGCAACAACGCGUCGCCGUCGCCGCACCACGUGGAGAUCACCAGCGUGUUUGGCAACCGGGCACGCUCCUCCAACGCCUAUGAUCCCCAACAGCAGCCGCCGCCGGGCAGCGUCGGUCCGGGUGCCAACUACUGCGACAACGUGACCGCCGACUACGGCAGUGUUGCAGACUCCCACCUCUUCGUGCAGAACAAUCUGCUGACGCGAAUGCCACAGCCGACGGUGCCUCCGGACCCCUUUGGCUACGACUUCGACCACUCGGUGGUACCGGGUGGAGGCUCGAAGGCGGCCAGCGUAGCCAGCGAUCUGAACGAAUUCCUGCGCCGCAGCCCGCUUAGCCAACGAACUUCGCCGUACAGCCAGGACGAGAAUGCCGCCGCCCUGGAAACCUUCGUACAGAACAUGAACGCGCUGCAGAUCGCCACUGAUGCAGAGUGCUCGCGGCUCAAUGGCACGGUAGCCGGAGGUGGGCCCAACGAUGUGGCCUCGGCGGAUGCCACCGCCGGAGGAGCCGCCAAUGCAGCCGCUGCAUGGUGGUGAACCACACGACAACAGGUGCUGCAUGGCCAGCAGAUUGAGUUGAACUCCUCACAUUCAUCCCACUCUCAAAUACGCAGACAUUUCAUCGAGGAAAAGCUGAAAAAACGAAACAUAAAAAUGAAAAAACCGAAAACGCAUCCAAGAAAUCAUUCAAAAUGACUUAGGAGUCAAUUUCAAUGUUUCAACAAAAAAGAGAAAAAUAAAGAAAAAAUCAACUUAAAUGGAAGUUCACAUGCGAA